GAUUCUGCACUUCCACUGCAGGGGACACAGGUUCGACCCCUGGUCAGGGAACUAAGAUCCCACAUUAUUUAAAAAGAGUAUGGGGUGGGACUUCCUUGGUGGUCCAGUGGUUAAGCCUUCCCCUUCCAAUGCAGGGGGUGUGGAUUCGAUCCCUGGUGGGGGAGCUGAGAUCCCACAUGCCUGCAAACAAGGAACUAAAACAUAAAACAGAAGCAAUAUUGUAACAAUUUCAAUAAAGACUUAAAAAAAAAGAAGUAGGAGGCUGGGAUCUAAGAAUGCUGAGUGAUUCAAAGUUCUGCCACUUCUUAGCUGUGUGGCUGCCUUUGGCCUCAGUUUUUCUCAUCUGAAAAAUGGGAAUAAUACUUGUUUAGGAGGGGUUGUGGGAUUAAAAGAGAAAAUGCACAGGGUUGGGGGUAAAAUAGGUGCUCAAGAAAAAUGAAUUAUUAUCAGUAUUAUUACAUUCCAGGCUUGAGGGCUUAUGCAAAGAUGAAAGCUGCUGAGAAAAAAGAAAACUGAGAUCGAUCUGCUUGUACUGAUACGGAAAGACUUCAAGAUAUGCUACUAAAAAAAAAAAAAAGAUAUGCUACUAAGUGAAAAAAGCAUGUUUUAUAGCACUAGAUCUAGAAUCCCCUCAUUCAUUCAUUCAACAGAUACUUUGAGCUCCGAUCAGCACUGUUCUAGAUUCUGCAAAUUCAGCAGCGAACAAACUAGACAAAUAUCCCUGCUGUCAUGGGGCUAGUAUUCUAAUAGGGUGAGACAAUGAAUAAAUAAGAAAAUACGAGGACGUGGUAAAUGAUGUGAUGAAAAUAAUUCAGGAUCAUGUUAAAAAUCCUCAUGGGUUAAAUUCUAAAAUUACCAAUGCCAGCAUUUUUUUUUUAGAAAACAAAGUACAGAGGCAUUUAACUGUGGUUACUUUGGGGGGAGAGGCUGGAGGCUUGGGACGGGGGGAGGGAGACUUGUUUUUCAUUUUAGCCUUUCUGUAAACUUCAGCAUUUUCUUAAGUGUGUGUGUGUUACUUUUAUUAAUUUUUUUUAAAGUGGCAACCAAGUGUAGCUGGGUAGAGAGCGCUGAGCCAUGUUUUGUUUUCUUCCUCCAUUCUUUCUGGAUUUUUCAUUUCUUUUAAACAAGUACAGAAGUAGGAGCUAUAAUUAUCGGUUUUUUCUGGGGCGGUUGGAGAAUCUCGCCUGCCAGCGAGCUGGGUAAUCCAAAUCGCCCACAGCGGAACUGCUCAGGGAUUGGCAAUUUGUGUAACAAUGUUGAACAUUUGAGGGUUUUAUUUCUAGGAUAAUCCUCCCCCCCACCCCCAAACACAAUUUUUACCAGUUACAAAACCCAAUGCCUCAUCCGCGAGGCCAUUCCCACGUGGAAGCCUUGACUUAUCAGAGUUGGAUUCUUAAGCCAACAUUCCUCAACCAGAGGUGUCGCAGAAAUUUUUAGUUUCGGACCUCUACAAAGCAGCUUCUCAGGGAAGCUGAUUUGUGGGAUCAGGCCGAGGGAAGUAAUAAGAGGCUGAGAGGAGUGGCUACCUUGCUCCGCCCUCCGCCUCCGCCCACCCUCUCAGAGCGGACAAUCGGGAAGGAGUGCAUCUUCCUCGUUGCCAUGGAGAACGCUGGGAGGCGGGGAGAGAAAUUGUGCAAGAGGGAGGGGCGUAGUGACCCCGGCGGCUGGGAUGGAGCUUGUGAGAGCAGGAGGAGAAAAUCCAGCGAAGCCUAUCGAUCCGGCUCUGCAAAGGCAAAAACAACCCGAAUGAGCCAAUAACUGUGAAGAGGUCUCAGCGAGACCUUAACCAUCCCCCGCCCCCGCAAGCAUCUUUCUUCCUCCCUUCUUUCCUUCUCUCCCUUCCUUCUUUCCCUAAACAUCUGCCUGCUUCCUUCAAGAGUGAAAUAAAAUCACACGUGGUGAGUUAAAGUUACACGUGUUCAUUUUUAUACUUUUAUAUUAAAGUCAUUAGUUUACAGGUUUUGUUGUUGCGAUAUUUCUUUUAACAGUUCUAGUUCGUUAUAAUUGGUCUCCUUUGUAAUCCCAUGGAUGCAAUUCUAUGCGUUGAAAAACUAUCCUGAAAAGGGUCUAUGGCACAGAAAGGGUUAAGGAUUCCUGGACUGGAGGGCCCAGAAGAGGGUGGAGGCCAACUAGUAGUUUGGGGGUGGCAGGCAGUAUGACCUUUCUAAAAUGAUGACCUUUGAGGUAGGAGAUUGCCAAGAGGAUGUGGGAGCAGAACAUUUUGGGUGUUGGGAACAGCAAGUGCAAAGGCCCUGAGGUGGCAGUAAGCCUGUGUGUUGGAUGAACAGUUAGGAGGCAGGUGUGGCUGGAGUGGAGUGAGGAGGAGAGGAAGAGAGAGGGAAGUGGGGAGAUUUAAUAGGGCUUCGUGGGCCUCAGAGUUACCUGGGAAGCUUUGCAAAUCCUGGUCAACACGUCCCAGGGAUCCUGACGCACUAUGUCUGUGGCCAAGUCUGAGGACCUUAAAUUUAAUUUAACUCACUUUAAUGAACAUUACUUUUCUUUUUUGGCCCCUCUGCGGGGUUUGUGGGAUCUUAAUUCCCCGACCAGGGAUUGAACCCGCGCCCUUGGCAGUGAAAGUGCGGGGUUGCAACCACUGGACCUCCAGGGAAUUCCCUUAAUGAACAUUUUCGAUUGCUAAAAAAUCUAAGGAAUCCUAAAGGAUAUGGAGUGAAAAGUACAUGUCUCUGCCACCUCUGGGGGUCCCUAGUCCCCCUCCCCAGACACAGCCAUUUUGGGCGGUACUUAUAUAUGUGAUGAGUAAACAUAUGCACCUAGACCCUUUGGCCUUCGCAUGCGCACACGCUCACACACACGUCAGACUGUUUCAGAUUCAAAUCCAGGUUCCAAUACUUCCUGGCCAUGUGACCUUGAGCAAGUGAUUUUAUUUCCUCCGCUAUAAAAUGGGAAUGAUCAUCAUAUUACCUGUCUCAUAAUGUUUUGGUGAGUUAAUUUCAUGAGUUAAUUCGUAGAGAGCACUUAGAAAGAUGCCUAGUACAUAGGAAGUGCUCCAUAAAAGGUGACUAUUCUCAGUCACUUCUUUUUUUUCAUAGCUGCCUAGUAUAUAUCACUUUAAGAACAGAGCUGUACAGUUUAGUCAAUUACUACAAAUGAACAAUUAGGUUCAUUUGACACAGGCUGGGACCUGGGAUCCUUUGCUGCAGUGCUGCCAUGCUUGCACCUGGACACACGUCUCCUCCAGCAACAGAAUACAAGGAAACUAUAUGGGACUAAAAAUAACUGCAUGCAUGCGCAGUUAGGGCAAAUGCUGGACAAAAGAUACCAAAAAAUUCCAACUGCCACUUUUGAAGAGCCCAGAACAAAAGCAGGGGGUCGGGAGCAAAAACAGGGUACUGCGCAUGCCCCCUGCACACAACAUCACCUAAGGGGUGGGCAAACCACCUAAGCCACCGCUCCAGCCGGACCCCUGGACACACCCCUACUCUCACCCCAUAUGAGGAUCUCCCCCCACACACACACACCCGGCCCCAGGGAGCGAGCCAGCAAGAGAACGUGUUGUUUGUUCACACUCCCCCCUGCUGCGGCAGGGGCCCCAAUAAAGCCUUGCCUGAAUUCCUUGUCUGGCCUCUGAUCAAUUUCUAUUGAUUAAGGAGGUGAAGAACCCUGGUCGGUAACACAUUCAUUCACUCAAAAAUAUUUCUUGGGCACCUACUGUGUGCCAAGCCCCACACUGCGGUUGGUGCAGAAAGACCCUGGUACCAAGGUCUCCACCCACACAUCUCGGUAUAUAGGUAGGAACUGCUGGUACCACAAGUCACGCGAUUUUAAAACGGUAAUAUACGGUGCCAAUGGCUUUCAAAGGGACUGUCCCAUUAGCACGCCCACCUUCAGGGCUUGGCUGGAACCCGCACGUUUAGGAUGGCAGGUUUGGGAACUGCUGCCUUUCCUGGGGUAAGGUGCUGACGUGGGCUUGGGCUUUGGCGCGGGCGUUCAGCUUGGAAGAUAGGGCCCCUGAGAGGCCCGGGGCGCGGCCACACCCCUGUGGGGGAGGGGAGCGAGGGCGUCCCGAAGGGAGUGGACAGCCCCCUUGUCAGUCUUCCCGAGUCCCGGAGUGUAAGAUGAGAAGGGGGUAGGUGGGCCUCAUCCUGGGGGAAGGCGAGGAGGAGCUUCCUGCGCGCGCGCGCUCCUAGGCAUUGAGCGCUCGGGCUGGGAGGUGGGAGGUGCGUCAAGGUCAGCCUGGACCGGGGUGGCAGCCUGCCUAGGGGCGGGAGACCCUCCUGGGGAACUGGGCUGCGGCCUCCAAGCGCCUCGGCCAUAUUGAAUAGCCACGGCUGAGCCUUCUUUGUCUGCGAAGUUCUCUCCCAAGUUCCAGGCACGUCCCUGGAACAGGAAGAGCCUCCGGGCAGCCCCUGUAUCGCAGCUGCAGCCGGGACACCCGUUUGCAGCUUGCGGUGGGCUUGAAGCCUCAGGACUGACCUCAUCCCGGCUCACGUAAGCAUCCUGGAAAUUGAUCCCCACCAGUCCUUGAGGGGAGCGGGACUUGAUCAAGACCAGACUCGCUGCAGGCGGAGAAAUUGGGAGGGGAGACUCUCCCGGCGGCGCCACCGAGACCCCACCCUCACCCCCAAGACCCGGGGCUACGAGUAGUUUGGGCUCAUUGCCCCCACCCCAGAUUUCACCCUGGAGAUUUUAAAGACCCUCGAGAAAAGCCAUGUGGGGGGCUGGUUCCCCUGGGGCUUCCUCCCAUCCCCCGACUGCCUGAUCCUCUGGAGCGUCCCCGACGUCUGCAAAGAUGUGGAUUUGGACGUCCUCGUGGAAGCCUUGAAGCCUGUAGGGACCUUUAAGAAGAUCGGCAAGGUGUUUCGCCGGGAGGAGGACUCCACAGUGGGGAUGCUGCAAAUCGGGGAGGACGUGGACUAUUUGCUCAUCCCCCGCGAAGUCAGGCUGGCGGGAGGCGUCUGGAGGGUCAUCUCCAAGCCCGCCACCAAGGAGGCGGAAUUUCGGGAGCGGCUGAUCCAGUUUCUGGAGGAAGAAGGCCGCACCCUGGAGGAUGUGGCCCGCAUCAUAGAGAAGAGCACUCCGCAUCCACCCCAACCCCCCAAAAAACCCAAGGGGCCCCGGAUGAGGAGAGUCCAGCAGAUGGUGACCCCACCUCCCCGGCUGGUCGUGGGCACUUAUGACAGCAGCAACGCCAGUGACAGCGAGUUCAGCGACUUCGAGACCUCCAGAGACAAGAGUGACAAGGGCCACAGAGGCACGGGGCGUGGCAGGAAGGUGCGCAAAAUGCCUGUCAGUUACCUGGGCAGCAAAUUCCUUGGGAGCGACCUGGAGAGCGAGGAUGACGAGGAACUGGUGGAGGCCUUCCUCCGGCGAGGGGAGAAGAAGCCCAGCGCGCCGCCAGCCCGCCGCCGGGUGAACCUGCCAGUGCCCAUGUUUGAGGACAACCCGGUGCCCCAGCUGUCCAAGGCGGACAGGUGGCGGGAGUACGUCACCCAGGUGUCCUGGGGGAAGCUGAAGCGGAGGGUGAAGGGCUGGGCACCGAGGUCCAGCCCAGGGGUGGGCGAAGCCUGGCAGGCCUCUACCAGGUUGGAGAGGGAUGGCGUAUCAGUGCCACGCAGCGCCAGCCUGGGGGAUAAUGUGGGAAAUGCAGGAGACGGGCAGGUGCCUGAGAGCCCCCCAAGACGGUGGAGGCCUAAGAUCAACUGGGCCUCAUUCUGGCGUCGCAGGAGAGAGGAGGCAGCAGCCAGGGCUCAGGGGGCAGAGGCUGUAGAUGAGCAGAGAGUGGAGGCCGUAGAUAAUCAGAGGGUGGAGGCCGUAGGUGAUCAAAGAGCAGGGGCCGUGGCUGUCCAGGGGGCAGAGGCCAUGGCUGUCCAGGGGGCAGAGGCUGUGGGUAAUCAGAGGGCAGAAGAUGCAGAUAAUCAGAGGGCAGAAGCCCCAGCUGUCCAGAGGGUAGAGGAUGCAGAUAAUCAGAGGGCAGAGGCACCAGAUGUCCAGGGAGCAGAGGCUGUAUCUGAGGAGGCAGAGGCCAUAUCUGACCAGAGGGCAGAGACCCCAGCUGUCCAGGGAGUUGAAUCCUUAGCUGCUGGGAGGGCCCUAGGGGUCAGCCCAGGAUCUAGGACCCGGAAACAGGUCAAGACAGUGAGGUUCCAGACCCCUGGACGCUUUUCAUGGUUCCGAAAGCGCCGGAGAGCCUUCUGGUACGCUCCCCGGUUGCCCACCCUGCCCAAGAGAGUCCCCAGGGCAGGCGGGGCUAGGAGCCUCAGGGUCUUGAGGGCUGAGGCCAGAGCAGAGGCAGAGCACGGGGAGCAGGAAAACCAGCUGUGAGGAGAGGGCAGGGGGGCCACGGAGGACCUCGCCACCUGCCACAGUAUGGGCCGCUCAGGGUGUGUCCCUAACUCCGACCCUUGGACAGAGGUGCUAUCUCCGUACUUGAAAAUGGAGGUACAGCAAGGGCUUGGCAGUGCCCCGCGCAUCUCCAUCUAACACCCCUCUUUGUUUUCUUGUUAAAAUUGUGUCUCUCAUGCAUUGAUUUAAUUUUGUUUUCUCGUGGCUUGUGGGAUCUUAAUUCCUGGAUCAGGGAUUGAACCUGGGCCCGGCAGUAAAAGUGCCAAAUCCUAACCACUGGACCACCAGGGAAUUCCCCAUGCAUUGAUUUUUUUUUUUUUUAAAUAUAGACUCUUUAUAGUAACCCAAGGAAUGUAAAUAAAUAAACCCAUACAACGGGGUCGCAUCACCCAUGAUUUUAACUUCUUCAUAUGCAAUUCUGGGUGCUCAGCUUGAAAAAGGGAGAGGUGAGGGAGAAAUUCCUUCCCCUUCUCCUUUUUCUUCGCCCUUUCGCCUGCACACUUAAACUCACUGCCUCCUGGAACUUAAAAAGAGGGCGCAGG